GUAUUUAUAUGUAUGUUUAUAGACGCCUGAAGAAGGCCAAAUAAAAUGGUCGAAACGUUGCGGAAUCAAUGAUUUGCGUUUAUCAAUAGUCCAAGUUCCUGUUAAUUCCUGUUGUUUGUAUGAUAUAUCAUGGACGUUAAUAUAAUGGAUAGUUUACCUGGGGGAUUUUUCAACUUCGUUAAGCAUACAUAUGGAGACAGAGCACUUCACCUAAUUAAAUCUUGGGCAAAAUUGACAUCCACACGUGCUGGUUUGCUGAACAGAAGAGUCUUUUUACUCCAAUGUCGCUCCAACAAGAAGUCAGUGUUGAACGUUGAAAUUAAAAUUACUAUUUGGAAGCUACAGAAAGUGAAUGAAGAGCUGGGAGAGAUAUGUAACCAACUGAAGAGUUUAAUACCACAGCCCUUGUUUGACAAUUGUAAAUCUGUGAACAAGGUGAGGUUUUCAAAAAUCUUUACGAGGAUUAAAGAGGUUAACAUGAAGAAGUUGGAGGAGUUGGUACAACAACGUUUAAAUGGCAUCAGGUUACCGGAUGCAAACAAAUGUGUUUUUAAUUACACUAAUAGAGAACUCCCCAAACAAGUUUACAGAACGCUAAGCCUGGAGCCAAACUUUGGGCUACAGAUCCAAAAUAAGAUCACUAUAGUUCCUGAAGUUAUUAAAGAUCUAGAGUAUUGCAUCAGUGCAGUAAAGUUAGACAAUUGUAAUGAGGCUGACUUAUCCGCAGUGAAAGAAAAUCUGAGAUCUAAAAGUAUCAACAUUUUAUCCAAUUUUUGUAAGGGACAAUCACGUUCUGAAGACCGUCUAAUGUUAAAUAAAGAUUUAACCGUUACAAAAAAGUUUUUGAGAGAAAAUGAAGAUUUAGUAGUAUCAAGAUCAGACAAGGGGAACUCAACUGUCAUCAUGUUCCGAGAAGAGUACGAGAGAGAGAUGAGCGCACUAAUUAGUGACAGGACAACUUACCUACCUCUUCAUAGAGAUCCAACUCUCACGUACCAAAAAAGAGCCAAUAACCUGGUGGCGGAGCUAGCAUCUUCGGGUGUGAUUGACGAAGCUGAAGAGAAGAACCUUCGGUCGAGCUAUACUCGAGCACCACGGAUAUAUGGACUACGUAAGACGCACAAACCAACUUGCAAGUUACGUCCGGUAGUGAGUUGCAUACAAUCUCCUAGCUAUAAGUUGUCGCGAGUUGUACAUGAAAUUUUGACACCGGUUGUGGAUACUUUUAGUUUUAAUUUAUUAAAUUCUUUUCAAUUCGUUGAUUUUAUUAGAGACGUUGAAUUACAUAGUGAUUAUAGAUUGAUAUCACUUGACGUAGUCUCGUUGUUUACAAAUAUCCGUAAGGAUUUAGUAUUGAAGGUCAUUAAUGAAUCUUGGGACAACAUCAAACAUUUAGUUAAAGUUCCUAAAUAUUUGCUUAUUAAACUUAUAGAGUUUUGUUUUGAAACCAGUUAUUUUACGUAUAAUGGGGUGUUGUACAGACAGGUUGAAGGUUGUAGUAUGGGCAAUCCAGCUAGUCCGGUGUUGGCCAAUAUUGUUAUGAAUUAUGUGUUACAACAGAUAAUUACGGUCCUCCCGUUUAACAUUGCGUUUAUUAAAUUGUACGUAGAUGAUACUAUCGCUGCAGUCCCUGAGACGGAAUUAAACAGAGUCUUGGAGUUGUUUAAUAGCUUUGAAGAGAAUAUCCAGUUCACCAUGGAAGUGGAACAGACUGGUUGUAUUCCAUUCCUAGAUAUCAUGGUUGAAAGAUCCAACAACCAUUUGAAGACUAAUUGGUACACCAAACCAACUAGUUCAGGAAGAAUUUUGAAUUUCUGUUCCAACCACCCAAUGUCACAGAAAGUGGGAAUGAUUCAUGGUUUACUGGAUAGAAUGUUUAGACUUAGCAGCGAGGAGUAUCAUGAGGACAAUUAUCAAAAAAUUGAGAUGUUGUUAACUAAUAACAGUUAUCCAAGAUCGUUUGUUCGUGCAGCUAUCAUUAAGUUUAAAGAGAAUAAAGCAAAUGGUGGGGUUGGUGGAGUUCGUCCUACGAAUUUCAUCAAGAUUUACCAACAUAAGAAUAGUUGUAGGAAUGUUAAAAUCUUGGAUGAGAACAAAACAGCGCUGGCCGCACAUUACUUCGACUCGGGUCAUGGGUUUGAUUUUGACAAAGCGAAGAUCUUAGAUUUAGAGAAUAACUGGUUAAAAAGAUCGGUUAGUGAAAUGGUUUGGAUUAAACUUAAUGACACGGUAAACAAGCGUACUGACACCCAGAAUCUGAGUGCAAUGUACAACGAGAUUUUAUCGGUUUAUAACGAUUAUCUUGGUGACGCACAUAUUGUAGAAAUGUUUUAG